UGAUAUGUACCGUAUCCGUCAGUUUGUCCAACAUGUGUGUCCGUGCUCUAACGUCUUGURUAUUGGCUUUUCUAGUUGUGGUUUUCGUUAGCUSUGAYCCACAAUGCGAGUUGCCUAGCGAGGAAUACAGAUUUGAUUGUUUCCCAGAUGACACAGGCAAUGGAACAGCCCAAUCAAUUUGUGAGAAACGUGGUUGUUGUUGGCAGAAAGCGAAAUCUCGCCAGUUUACAAACAGAAAUCACAGCAAAUCCGUUGAAUUGCCUCUAAACGUUCCUUACUGUUUCUUUCCUACCAAUUAUGGCUAUCAAUUAGUUAGCAAAGCAGAAACAGAUACAGGAUAUAAGCUAGCACUAGUACGUCAAGGAGGUGGUGGGCCAUUUGGAGCCGACGUAGAAAAACUGACAGUUGAUGUAUUUUUAGAGGAUGAAAAUAGACUUCAUUUUAAGAUAUAUGACCCAAAUAAUGACAGAUAUGAAGUACCAAUACCUACGCCCAAAGUAAGCCAGAAGAGUGCUUCACAGAAUUAUGAUGUCAGCUUCACAACAUUUCCCUUUGGUAUUGCAGUUAAAAGAAAAUCAACUGGAACUGUCAUAUUCAAUACAACCAUU